CUUGAAUAACCGCGGCCAAAGAUUGGAACGCCUGACGAGAAUUGUAUUUACCCGCAAAAGAAUUAGAGAAAGUCCAACACUUUAAAGAGAGAAGAUUCUAUAAACAACGCCAAAAUGUCGUACUAUUCGGGUGGGGGAGGUUAUUCCCCUGCUAAAGUGAACUAUUUACCCAACAUUGACCCUAAUUUAUUGGCGACUGUGCGAGACGAAAUGUUACGAAAAGAAGAAGAGCAAAAACGCGAACACCAAAGAAGAGAGGUAGAGCAGAGGAAAGUGACCGAGUACCUUACACAGCUACAGGCGCUAGUCAGGAGUAUUCCCAGUAAAUACAAGGGCAAAUUCACAUAUGAUGUUUUGGCAGAUGUAGCAACCUCAUUGCUAGAUGGGACUGUUUUUGAGAUUGUCAAGGGUUUGGAAGAUAUUCAACAACUGACAGAAAGAAAUCUACUUAACAAAAGAAUGAAAGUUAUUAAUUCACAUAAAGUGCAAAGAAUGGAGCAGGCCAAGAAACACAAGGAAGAGAUAGAGAAGAACCAACACCGCCCACACCACAUUCCUAUAGUGGAGAAGACAAAUGAGGAAGACAAGGAGAAAUUGGAGCAGCGCCUGGAAACAGAAAUUACCAGUAUGGACCAGAAGCUUGUGCUUGAGCUCGACCAGAUCGUCUGUGACCAGCAAGCAACAUUAGAGAGAGCUGGGGUCCCCCUUUUCUUUGUCACCAAUAAUCCUGAUGAUGUCCGCCUGCAGAUGUACUUAUUGGAGUUCAUACAACAGUUGAUACCUGGCCCAAGCUGAACAUAUCAUACAGAAUGUGAUGCCUGUUUGAUGACGUCAUAAAAAGCUAGUACCUCAACCUGAUUACGUAAUAUAGAAGAUGAUACAGAACCGAGUCAAGCUGAUAACGUCUUACAGAUGAUACCUCUCCAAUGAUGUCAUAAGCAAGCUAUUGUCUGGUCAGUGACGCCAUAAAACAAAUGGUACCUGGUUUUUAACGUAGUGCAACAUACUGUACAAUGUUACAUCGUCAGUGACGUUAUACAACAGCUGAUACCUUGUGUAUUUUGUCAUGAGCCAACACUACCUGGUCCAACAGAUGACACCAUGUAAUUUUUUGUUGAAAGCUGUUUUACAGUAUGUAAUAGAUAAAUUUAAAAUUCAAAGAAAUCUCAUCGUCCAGCAAGAGAAAAAUGCAAGCAGCUUUUUUUUCUCUUGGCCAGAUAUUCAAAAGUUUCUUGAUUUCUUAAAUCCAAAUGAGCGACUAAGAAGAAUUUUUGGUUGUUGCACUGGAGUGUACUGGACAGAUUGUUGUAGAAAAUAAGAUUUGCAAAGGAAUAUUUUUAAAAAGACUGCGUUCGGACAUUUAGGCCUUAAUGCCUUUUGUAUUAGGGACCGUAAAGUUGUCAAUCAUGAAAUUGAAAAAGAAGUUUAAUGAUCAAGAAGCAACUAAUAAUCGAUACCAAAUCCUGUCAAUUGUACUACCGAUCAGAAAAUAUUGAACAAAUGUUUCUUGUUUUAGGCCUUUUCUUCAAAAUGUUACCAUAUUUUAUAUGUUCUGCCUACAUGUAUAGUACAACAAAGAGCCUAUCUUGGAAACAUUGUGGAUGAUCACAACUAAAUCAAGUCACUCAACAAGUGUUAACGUCGACUUUAUUAGGAGUUGUGAGUUUAUUCGCUUGUGUUUAUCAAAAUUUAACAAAUGAAGGUUGCACAACUACUAUAACUUGAUAAAUUUCAACAUUGAAUUAGUAUCAGGAUAAUAUAUUAUAACAAUAAUUAUAA